CAUUGAUUGCAUUGUUUUGAAUGGCUUUUCAAUUGACAGACAAUUGAUUUGAUAUUUGAUUGAAUGAAAAGUAGUAUUGAUUUGCAUUGCAAUGAAUUCAAGUGUUAAACGCAAACAAAAGUCUAUUUUAGACUAUUUUAACAAAAGUGGAAACAAUGCCAACAAAGCUGUCAAACGGUGUGAAGACUCGACUCCUAAUGGGAACCAAUCGGUGAUAAUCGCAGAAAAGGCCUUCAAAUGUGUGGAUGUGUUGAGAGACGUCUCCAACGAGGAGUUCAUUGAUUUGAACCAAUUCUUGGAAAUUGAUUUCACUGUCGAGGAUAAAGACAAACAGAUGGACACCGACUCGGAUCAGUUGAACGACGACUCCAACGAAGACUCUUAUAUGAAGGGAUCCUAUGUUUACCACAACUUCAGACAAAUGAUUGACUUUGUAUUGAAUGACAAACAAUACUCACAACUCUUUGACGCAAACGACAUGAAUGUCGUCCAAGUCUUCACUUGUCUUUCAGGUUUGGCACAAAUGCUAUUAAUGAGACUUUUUAUCCGCAAAAAGCAUUGGAUCCGCAAAAAUGUCAUCAAAUAUCCAGAAAUUGCUGAGAAUUUGCAGCCAAUCCUUAAAGAACUGGUCGACAAUCAGUUUCUGUUCAAUGAGACCCAAUUGACUGAUUUGAAGGAAUCAUUGGAUAUUUUGGACACCAUUGAGGUUAAGAAAAUCGGCCGUUCAUUGAAUGGCAUGAAUAUGAAUGGUUUGAACACUAAGAAGAAUAUAAUACCCGCUAUUUUGAAGUAUAUAAACACAUGUCAAUCAGUGAUCAAAACUUCAGACAAACAAUCAGAUUCUGUGACUCAAAAACUUCUCAAAUCGAUCAGAAGUGUUUUGAAAGACAAAUGUUUUAAAGUGAACGAAAAGCUAUGCGAACCAUUCGAGCGCAUGUUUUUGCUCUUCUGUCAGCCGGACAUCAAUGAAGACGAUUUGAACACUCAUUUGGGUCACGAAUUUUUCAAACAAAUGAAAGCCGAAAGCGGACGAGAAGUUUAUCCCAAAUUUGUUAUCAAUGGAGAGGAAAGCAUUUACAAGACUCGCGACCAACUAAUCCUUUAUAGCGAGGCCUUUAAGUUGGAAAUCGAAAUCUUGUCGGCCAUUGAAAAGAGAAAUUUAGGCGAAGAUAUGGUUGAUUUGAUGGAUAGAGCGGAACACAUGUAUAUGACUACCAUUAAAGACAAAUGCGAUGAAUACGAUAUACUUUUGCCAUCAUUUUUACGCCGCUAUACCGCCGGUCAAUCUUAUAUACGAUGUCUUUCUCACAGUUUCUCGGUUUACGAACAGAAGAAGAAUUACUCGAAAGCCGUCUAUAUUUUAAAAGAAAUCCUUUUAAAUCAAUCCAUUUAUUGCUCUGAUAUGAGAGGCUAUUGGUUUGAAAGACUGGCUCUUGAUUUGGAUAAGCAUUUGAAAGACACGACGUCUUCACUGGUGGUGAUUGAAAAGGCGUUAAGCGAUAGCUUUGUCCGAACGGGUCAUCGAUUAGCUCUGUAUAAAAGGCAGCGAAAGAUUCAGAAGUCAGUGAAAAAUAAUGGUCUAAUAGACGUUGAAUACGAAAACAUCAAAUUCAACGAAACGACAAUAUUUGCCGAAUCUUUCAAAUGUUUGGUUAACGACAAAACCGAGAGAAAGAAUUUCUUUAAAACCACUGAUUCUAAUGGAGACGUGACUGUCAUGAGUGUCGAAGACAUUGUUAUUAAACAUUACAAGAGUAAUGGCUUUACCGAUGGUAUUCACACCGAGUCUCGCGUUUAUCACACAAUUCUCGUCCUAUUAUUUUGGGAUAUUAUAUACAUGUGUGACACGAGUGAUGUUAGCGACGCGUUUCGUUUCCAAUACCAACGCUUCCCAUUGGACUUCAAUUGUGACCAAUUUUUCAUUCGCCGCAAAACACAAAUCACAUCACUUUUGAAUACAUUGAAAAAUUUGACACAAAUGGAAAUGAAUAAUAUAUUGGAAAACUCUUGGAAUUCAAACUUUGGUACCAUUUCUCUAAUCAAUUGGGAAAAGUCAGACAUAAACCAGAUUAAGGAAAUCGCCACUUGUUUUGGAUCGUCGAUAAUAACAGAUAUUUGCGAACGACUUAUCAAAGACUAUCGGCACACAAGAAGUGGUUUUCCGGAUCUAUUGGUUUGGAAUACAACCACUAAACACAUCAAAGCGGUUGAAGUGAAAGGUCCUAACGAUAAGCCGUCCAAUAAACAGCUUCUAUGGCUCAGUUAUCUUCAGUCCAUCGGCGCUGACGUCGAGUUAUGUCACGUGAAGGUUAAGAAAUCACUUCAUUUAAGCACUGAUUAA